AUGAUACCUUCUAUAUUUGGGACCAAGGAAGUGGACAGAUCUCCUGUCUUCACCGAAGACGAUAUCCGGAAACUGGUUCUGUCAUUUCCACAUCCUGAACCACGACCUGGAAAAGAAUGUCUUGUUCGCAGUCUCUCUGGCCGUAGCCUUGUUCGUUCGGAUGCAGUCACCAAGCGGUUCCAUUCUCUACUUCAGAAUGCCACUGGUCCCAUCUUCCUGAACAGUUUGCACAACGAGUUGGGUGUUCAUGAUGUCCAGUGGCUGUUGACUCAAGAAGAGGAACGCAUCUAUCACAGUGUAGACCGCCGAAGUCUUUUACCAGAGACCACUCAGAAGGCCAUAUAUCAGAGCCUCAAGAACGAUUUGGCCAACCGAGGUCUUAAUCUCGACAAGAUUGCUACAGAAAAGGAUGUCACUACUGCCACACUGCGACGCAUACUCGCCGCACAAGAUGCCGAUCUAUCUCUCCAGGACCUCGAGAACGGAAAGGCGUACGAUUCUAGAUUUCUUAGACGGCUGGAAGAUAGUAUUGGAAAAGUCGUCAUCAAAGGCAAGCAAGGAUCGGUCGUGCUUAGUGAUACUUUCCCCCAAGUUCCUGUUCCCUGGUUGGAGUCGGCAGCCAACAAUCUGAUACCCCAUGACGAGAGAGGUGCUCAAGGACUGGUCGAUCUAGUGAAUGGGCUUCUACUCUACACACCAAGAUCCUUACUCGAACAGCGUCAAGGCGAAGUCAAGCAAGCCCAAGACGCAUACAUCCAGAAAGCGGUGGAAGAACUGGAUGGAAGUGGAUCUUACGAGGUGAACGCCAACUCCAGACCACAAGUCUUGCGGAACGCUGCAGAUAUCGAUCUUGCACGGGAGAUUCGAGAAGCAUUCGUACAGAAACACAGCCGCUCGAGUGUUGUUGAGUUGAGCAACGGAAAGUCUACUUUUCUUGUAACACAGGAUAUUCUUGCUGCCAGCAUAUCUACCCUCGCGGCCAAAGCUGCCGAUACAGCCACUGAACAAUGGACCUCCAGACGCCCAGGCGAAGAAGUCACCUUCGAUCCCACCAAGCUAUCCAUCCCCGACGACACAGAAACAUCUCUCGAUCAAGCAAUCCUCGAAUCCGGCGAUCCAGAAAACAAAGUCCAAUCAACCUUUGAAGCCAAAAUUCUCUCCCUCCAAGAAUCCACAACGUCGACUUUUGCAACAACCAUCCAAACAGACCUCCUCACACCACUAAGACUAUACGCUCAAGGCGCAGAUACAAUCACAGACACCACACUCCAACCCCGCGUCCAAGAGUUCAUCUACGACUGGUCUCGCAAAGAUCUGGCACCGGAAACCCUCCGCACCAUCAAAGACCAAAACCUCGUCACCACAAAAGCCGUCUCCCGCGACCUGGAAAAGUUCUCCGAUGCAAUAAGCACAGCAAGAACGCUAGACGACAUGUUGACGGCAACUGCAAAACUGGCCCGAAAGCAAAAGAUUGAGCAACCUUCGGCGACUGCUUUGAAGAUACGCAAACACGAAAUAUUGACGCAAAAAGUGGCGGGCAUGAGAAAGAUGAAGCGUGCGUCUGAUCUCUUGCAAAAUGUCAUUUGGAUCUUGUUGGCGAGAAGGAAAGAGGGGCUUUACAUGAGUUCGGGUAAGGAUACGAGUAGGAUGAUCAAGAUGGUCAAGGAAGGUGAUGCAGAGGCUGGUGCGAAGUUGGAGGAAUGGAGAGACCUGAUCAAGCAGAGCAAAGACACCGAUGAUACGAAGAAGGAGAUGAGAGACGUGGCUGCCAACGCGGUCGAGGAGCUGAAGGCUCUUACUACCGAAGCCGCAUCAGACGAGCCCGCGGUUGAACAAGUUACUGUGAAAGAAACCGCGGCUUGA